GGAAGUCGAUGGGAAAGUUCGAAUCCAGCCAAAACAUCCAUGCACAAUCUUUCAGAGUGCUUUAUUCUAAAAGUCUCUCUCUCUCUCUCUCUCUCUUCAUUAUUCUGGUGAUUUACAGCUCUAGAUGCUUGUUUAUUCAAGAAAACCAGAUCGGUGCAGUUCGAGAUCCUCCGUUUCUCAGAGUUUCCCUCUGUGUCGUCGACACGCACCGACACCUUACUCAACUCCAUUAUACUACUAGGACCACUUGGUUUAAUGUUGUUGAGGACUUUGAUGGAGGACAAGCAAUUGGACUUUAAUCAACCCCUUCUAUCUGUUAGGCGGUUCUCACCAACCGUGGCCUUAGAGAAAGAUAACAAGAAGAAGACUGAUAAUUCCCUCCCUAGUGUACCGCCCUUGCCUUAUUACAAAUCAGAACUGAAGUCAGGUCCAGUGAGGAACGCGGGUACCGUUCCUUUUAUAUGGGAGCAGUCUCCAGGGAGACCUAAGAAUGAAAGCAAACACCAAACUAAGGGUCUUGAACGCCCUCCUAUUGCCCCCAAGCUUCCACCUGGGAGAAGUAAGAAAGUUGAACAAGCUCAUGCCAACAUUAGUGAAAAUUCAAUUGUCACUGGUAGUGAAGCAGGAAAAGUCGAUUCUAGCUCACUAAGUCUUCCAUCCAUAGAGGAAAACACAAUGAAAAUUGAGAGCUCCAAAAAUGCAGUGGAAGAGAAAGAGAGUUCUGAUUCAGGGGACAGUGAGGAAGCAUACCUAGAUGCGCUUGAUACACUUUCUAGGACUGAGUCAUACUUCUUAAACUGUAGUUUAAGUGGCUUGAGUGGAUUAGAUGAACAGGUGGCCAAACCAUCUGGAGCCUUCUCAGCAGAUCCAGUAACUCGGGAUUUCAUGAUGGAUCGGUUUCUACCUGCAGCUAAGGCAAUGGCUUAUGAAACACCCCAACAUACUUCAAGGAAGCAACCCACGGUUCAAGAGCAACCAAGAGAGGUGAAGAAGUUAAUAGGUGGGCAUACACGACCGCCCCUCCUUCGCCCUAGGCCAAAUAUUUUGCCAAAUUAUCCCGAAGAUAACACUGAAGAACAAAGUGAUGAUUCUGAGGAUGACUACAAUGAACCUGGAAAUUUAUCAACCACAGUUUGUGGGUUGUUACCUAAGUUUUGCCUUUUGAAUCCAGUACCAGCAAUGAGUGUGCGAACACGGGUAUCCAGGCAUCCUGUUGAUAAGGCACAGGCUAGAUCUACAUCUGAUGUUUCUAGCCAAAAAACCAAGAAGCAUAUUGGAAGUUCUCAUGAGCAAAGAUCACUAGGUGGAACCCAAAAGGUUGACCUGGAAGGAAAGUAUGCACCAAGGAAAAAGUCUGACCAAGUCCCCAAUCAGAGCAACUUUCAGAAAUUCCAAGCUACGUCACUCUACAGUCGUUUACAGGGUAGUGGCAUAACACUGCAGCAGAAUGAGUUACCUCAAUCUAGCUUUUGUGAAGAAAACAGAUUUUCUGGUAUUCCCCAGGUAAAAGAAGGUGAAAAAAGAAGCUCUAAUGAUUCUCAUGAAUUGUUGGCUGAUCGGGGCACCAUAAGGGAUUUCACAGCAACUCCUGCGAUUGAGAAAACUUUAUAUGUAGAUUCUGUACACAAGUUGUUUUCUCCAAAGUCAAGUUUAUCAUCUUCAGAUCGGAAAGGGUCAUCUAACUCAGUGAAUAGCCAUUUUGAGAUUAUUGCAGAAGUUAGUGGGUCAGAAGAAAUUCCCUCGGUAAAUUCUUCCUGCAGAGACUUUGAGAACUCAAAUGUCAUGGACAAAGAUGUUGUAUUGCAACUGAAAAGUUUAGACCCUGUUGAUUCUGUUCUACUAUCCUUAACUGGAAAAUCAGAUGAGGAAGGCAUGAAUGAAGAUAUCUGCCAGGACUCGAUUACCUCUGCAAAUUUAAAAUUGUCCAGCAGUGGACACACAGAUAUUGAAGAUCAGCAACACCUCACUAAAGUGGAAAAUGUUGAUGACUCUCCAGAAUUGAACUCGCAAUUUCCUCUUCCCCCACCUUUACCGAAAUCUCCAUCAGAGUCAUGGCUCUGGCGUACUUUGCCUUCCAUGUCUUCUAGAAAAUCAUCUUCACAUUCUUACCUAGGGACCAGAAUAAAGUCUCCUCACCUGGCUUCCAAAAUGCCAAGAUCAAUUCUUAAAACUAAGUUCCAACACCAGCCCUAGUCGUUUUCCGAGGAAUUAAUAAAGCUUGCAUCAGAAGCUAAAAUGUACAGGUCUAAGCUGUAAAUCCAUUAUUUUGGUGGGUUCAAAGGCAAUUAUGGUGUACAGUUUUUUCUUGCACAUGGUUAUUCUACUGGAUUUCAUUCCAUUUGUUGUGUUAAAAGGGUUGGCAAUUGUAAUCUUCGAAUGCCCAUUUCUACUGCAAACAGAAGUACUUGUCUAUAGUGUUCUAAAACAUAUUAGGCACUAGUCGGACGCCAGGUUGGGGCCUAGGAAAAUUGUUAUUUUUUUUUUUUAACUUUAUAAUGUAAUUUGAUAUUAUUUUCAAUUAAAUCAAAAUUGAAAAGCAUCAAUAAUGCAAUAUAAAUCAAUAAUGCAACAAUAAUG